UCUCCCAAAAUCUUAAACGCCUCGUUAAGUUACCAGAUCACAAACUCAUCAAUUUCAACGGGGUGUUUAAGCUGCUUAUUACACACAACCUAGAUUUUUGUUGCUGUCUCUUAUAUAUAUAUAUAUAUAUUCGCUAGGUUAGAUUAGCUUAGGAGGUAACGUCAGUCUUUCAAUCAAUUCAUCGUUCCAUCCAUCUAUCUCGCCGAGCUCUGAAUUGGGCAUGGACGGUAUAAUGAACAAACUAAGGAAUUUGGAUGCUUACCCUAAAAUCAAUGAGGAUUUCUAUAGUCGUACGCUCUCUGGUGGCGUUAUCACUCUCGCUUCCUCCAUUGUUAUGUUCUUACUUUUCUUCUCCGAGCUCCGACUAUACCUCCAUGCUGUGACUGAAACAAAGCUUGUAGUAGAUACCUCAAGAGGGGAAAUAUUACGUGUCAAUUUUGAUGUCACUUUUCCUGCCCUGCCAUGUUCAAUCUUGAGUGUAGAUGCCAUGGACAUCAGUGGAGAACAACACCUUGACGUGAAACAUGACAUUAUCAAGAAAAGAAUAGAUUCUCAUGGCAAUGUAAUAGAAGCUAGGCAAGAUGGGAUUGGUGCUCCUAAGAUUGAUAAACCUUUGCAAAGACAUGGAGGCAGGCUUGAGCAUAAUGAAACGUAUUGCGGUUCCUGUUAUGGUGCAGAAGUGACAGAUGAGGAUUGUUGCAAUUCAUGUGAGGAAGUGCGUGAAGCUUAUCGAAAGAAAGGUUGGGCACUCUCAAAUCCUGAUUUAAUUGACCAGUGCAAAAGAGAAGGUUUUCUGCAAAGGAUUAAGGAUGAAGAAGGUGAAGGAUGUAAUAUAUACGGGUUCUUGGAAGUCAACAAGGUGGCUGGGAAUUUUCAUUUUGCUCCUGGGAAAAGCUUUCAGCAGUCAGGUGUCCAUGUACAUGAUCUGUUGGCAUUUCAAAAAGACAGUUUUAAUAUAAGUCACAAAAUCAAUAGAUUGGCUUUUGGAGAUUAUUUUCCCGGUGUUGUAAAUCCUCUUGAUGGUGUACACUGGACACAAGAAACGCCAAGUGGGAUGUAUCAAUAUUUUAUCAAGGUUGUACCUACUGUGUACACAGAUGUGAGUGGACAUACAAUUCAGUCAAAUCAGUUCUCUGUAACAGAACAUUUUAAGAAUGCUGAAGUAGGUCGCCUUCAAUCUCUACCAGGAGUAUUUUUCUUCUAUGACUUGUCUCCGAUCAAGGUGACUUUCACAGAGGAGCAUGUGUCAUUCUUACACUUCUUGACAAAUGUUUGCGCCAUAGUUGGAGGUGUUUUCACCGUCUCUGGAAUACUAGAUUCUUUUAUAUACCAUGGUCAAAAGGCAAUCAAGAAGAAAAUGGAACUUGGUAAAUUCAAUUGAUGUAGCUGCUCCUGCUCGUGAGUAUCUGUUAAUAAAUUGGCUAUUGGGAGGAAAAGGUAAAACAGGCAACUGGGAACCCAACAAAGGACGAAGUCUACGGUGUUGACAGAUUGGAUUCUACAAUCACAAUCUGAGACUAAUUUUGUAGUUCAUCUAUAUUUGCUAGAUGCCUAGUGUCUCAGUUUUAUCAGUCAUCUGUACUCUUAACUGCACUUUUCUUGUGAAUAUCCCUUUGGAAGACGGGAAGGGUGGCUUUUCAAUUAUUUCUUUUGAUGGAGAGCUCAUAGAGAGUGGUCGGUGAGAAAAUAUCAUGAAAGUAAGCUUUCGUGAGUUCUGUUGAUUGAUAGUCCAUGUCGCAUAUGUAGCUGGAGAAGUACUUCUAAAUUGAUUUAGUGUGAAGCUCUUUUCAAUUUGCUUCUCAACUUAUCUCUA